CUACUCCCCAGCUGCCUUCCCGGGCAGGACUGGACAACCAGAGAGGUGGACCACGGCCACCGCUUCCCCCUGACCGUCCAGGCUCAGCCGCACCACCACCACCACCACCACCUUCCUCAGCUGUCAGAAACGGCUACCAGGAUCCAGGUGAUGAUGAAUGGGAAAGCAGAUUUUCUUUUCAUCCUAUAUCUGAUUUGCCACCUCCAGAGCCAUAUGUACCCAUGAACAGAAGUUAUCCCAGUAAACUAGCAAGAAAUGAAAGUAGAGGUGGCUCUGUUCGAAAAGAAAGAGGUGCCCCCCCACUCCCACCUAUACCAAGGUGAAAUGGGUUCAGGCCCAUCUUUGAGCGACAUCUGUU